AUGCCUUGCAGCCUGAGAUUGUCGCAACAUCAAUAUUUCCCCAAGACAACCCCUCCAACUGAACAUCAGCAUUGCAACCCCGAACACAAAACAAAACAUUACAAAAUGCUCCGCCGCAAGCCAACAGCGAUUACAUUGACGACAGAAGAUAUAGCAACCUACGAAGACCAACGCGCCCGCGAAGCCCACCUACGCGAACAAGCAGAAUACCAAGCGCGACUACUUGCCCAACAACAAGCCGCCGCGGCCGGCACGCCCCAAAACAAGAACCAGAAUAUGCGAGAUCCAGGCGAUGAACUACGACCAUUACCCGUUGGUGAUAGGAACAGAGUGAAAACGCGAGAAGAACGAUUAGGAUUGGUGGGCGGAGGAUCGCGGCAUUAG